AUGGCCUGCAACACCCUCUGCCAACCCUGCGGACCCACCCCGCUGGCCAACAGCUGCAACGAGCCCUGUGCCCUGCAGUGCCAGGAUUCCCGCGUCAUCAUCAACCCUUCCCCUGUGCUGGUCACCCUGCCAGGGCCCAUCAUGACCUCCUUCCCCCAGAACACCGCCGUCGGAUCCACCUCCUCGGCUGCCGUGGGCACUGAACUCAGUGCCCAGGGACAGCCCAUCUCUGGUGGAUUUGGUGGCUUUGGCUAUGGCCUUGGCUAUGGCCGUUGGUAUGGCUAUGGGCUGGGCUGUGGCUAUGGGCUGGGAGGCCUGGGCUGCUAUGGCAGAAGGGGCGGCUACAUCUGCUAA